AGCCAGAUUCAAACCGACGUGGAGGAGGUUGAGCAUGUUCCUACAUGCCCGGCUGCAGGGGGGGGGGGCUGGCCCGCAGAGAGCCGCAGAGAGCCGCAGAGAGCCGCUGAUGCACGGAGGAGAACUGCAGCAUGAGUCCACCAAGCUCCGCUUUGGCUCACAGAAUCAUGGAUGGACGACAAGCAGUGGAGGUCUCCAGCUGGCCCAACGUGGACCUUCAGCCUCUGAGCCUUGAGGAGUCGUGGAGGCUGGGCGUCUUGUCUGCUCAGAUGUUCUCCAUCGUGAAGAACAGGGACCUGAAGAACUUUGAGAGAGUGGUGGAGUUCCUGGAGAGCACACACAGACUUCUACCCAGACUGGUGCCUGCUAUUAAACACAUGAAGGUCCUGUUUGGCCUGAAGACCAUGGUAAUCAUGUGGAUGCUAAAGGAAGGCAGAGGAAUGGUCAACAUCGUGUCCAAAAUCGUCCAGUUCUUCCCAAACAAGCUGCCUCAGUAUGAAGAUCAGUGCAGCCCGCGUGAAAUGUUCCUCAUGAGGAAGAACCAUACAGACUUUAAAAGUCUGGCACAGACCCUCACAAUGAACAAGGAGAGACUUGAAGAUUAUAUUAAGAAUGAAAUGGAGGAGCAGUAUGGGGAACGUUACGCCCAGAAGGUUGAAGACAGACUGCUGGACUACCUGCAUAAGCUGGAGAAGGUUUCUCCUGGAGGUCCUGACAUCCUUCAGAAACCAGGUGCUGAGACUGAAGAGGACCGCUUGGUUCUGGAAGGAAGCUCAGAUUCACCAGCUGUGAGGAAACUGCUGCGCUGUGACUCCACCCAGACCCGUCUGCUGCCAGGAGGAGCUCCUCUGGCUGCUGGAGGAGAUGCUGGAGAACAUCAGCGCCCAGAGGAGAACGUGGAGAACGUGGAGAACGUGGAGCAGAGGGGAGACGGCUGCCUUCACUUCUGCUCCAAGCAUCAGCGCUGGGUGAAGAACAUCCUGAGAGGUUGUCCUGAUGAUUGCUCAGAGGAGCUGCUGCCCUCCUCUUCCUCCUGCCCCUCCUCUUCCUCACAGGACCUCACGCCUUCUGGCCUCGCCCCCUGCCCCGCCCCCCCGCCGCCGUCAGACUCCUCCGCCCGUCCCCGCCCGUCAGGAGCAGCGAACGCUGGAGACGACCCGAGGCCGGGACCCGACGCUGCCGCGGUGCCAGGAGGUCCGGUGCCGACCGUCGGCCCGGUACCGACCGUCCGAUUGGUACCGACCGUCGGGCUGGUGGACAUCGCCUCCUUCUGCAGGAGCCGCCUCACAUUGUCAGCUGAUCACUUCUCCGUGGUUCUGCUGGAAGGAGCACCGUGUGGUUCUGGUUCUUCUUCAGGGGACCAGAACCUUCCAGAGAGUCGGCCCGGCCCACAAACGGCUCCUGCACGAUCCCGCCUGGUUCCGGGUCGACAAACGGGUUCCAGACCCUCCAGGCGGUCCAGAAGGAGCGCUUCAUCAGAACCGUCUGUGCAGUACCCGGGUCCGUUUGCACCGUCAUGUAGGUGGGGCUGCGCGUCGGUACCGCCUACCCAGCAUGCAUCAGUCUCCCCAGCAACGGACCCGUCUCAGCCAGGCGUCCAACAGAACUCCACCCGGCCUCCCCCUAGAACCCGAAGCAGCAGAACCCGUCAGUCAGAACCGGCCCCAGGUUGGCCCUGCCUUCAGGGACGCCAGCCGGACCUUCUGCAGCCGUUGGUGGUUCUGAGCAGGCUGAGCGCCGAGGAGUGCCUGCGGGCGACGGGAGGCAGGGCCGGGCGUGGGGGGGGCGACGAUGAGGAGAGGAGGAAGAAGACGCUGCAGGAUGCAGACAGCUCCUUCGACGUGAACGCUCUGUACUCCAGCGCCUCGUCUGGCAGCGAGCCGGAGGACCGGGCCGGCUCCGACCCGGAUUACAGACCCCGGGUCAGCAGGAGACGACGCGGCCAGACGUUUAAUCUGGAGAUAAUCUGAGGCUGAGGAGGAAAGGCAGAUAAUCUGAGACCGAGGAAAGGCAGAUAAUCUGAG